CGCGACACCGAUCUGGUUUCCCAUGCAAGAGAGCGCUUCGUUGGAAAGUCAUCAGGCAGACUUGGCUAUUGUAGGUUUUUUACAUUAUUUCAACACUUUCAAAAUAAUGAUUAGUGUAGAAUAUAUAUCGUUUAUGAGGGUUUCUCUUUUCUGGUGCAGUGGAGAAUCGUUUUGCCGACAGUGAAGGGGGCAACUUUAUGCAGGAUGUCACCAACUGGAGAGACUCAGGACGCACAGCGACAGACCAGGAUGGGGGCAUGCAGGUCAGUUGUCAUAGACAUGGUCAAAUUGAUUAUUUGUUUUCUCAUAUUUCAAAUGGAGGUGGGAUAUUUUUUUAAUAAAAUGUUUUUCAUAAAUACAAAACACAGAUGGCAGAUAUGCAAGAGGAAACUCUUGUCAAAAUGGAGAACCUUGACACCAGUAGAACAGAAGGUAUUUUUAUACAACUAAUCAAAUUCUUGCAAUUUACACUUUUGUUCAGUAAAGCCUUCAAUGUUUGUUGCCGUAUUUGAUUAACUUCUUAGUCAUAACUAAUAAAUAAGGCAAAGAAGAAUCAGUCUCCACUACAGGAAGCUGAUGUUGUGCUUUACUUUGCCCCAUUUCAGAGAUUGUCCAACCGGUCAGUGAGACCAGUGAGAAGAUUGUUGUGGCAGAACCAGGUGCUUCGUCAUCUACUGAAACCACAGACCUUCUGGACCAGCAGGGCAACAGACACAGAGCUCCAGACACCACACUCAAUAUAGAACCUGAAAAUCAGACGUUCCAGCAUCCAGCGUCACCAUACAACAGAGCAACACAGGACCAUCAGGGUGCUGAGUGUGUGACCUGGGAAACCGACCAUCAACCCAUAGCAUACAGCCUGUCCCAAUGGACAGAGAACCAAGAGACUGACAACCGAACUGUGAAUGCUCCUCACAAUGCAGGGCCAGACUCCAAGAGGCUGUCUGAACAUCCAGAGAGGAGAGGGGCACCUGGUAACUCUGGGGUCUGCAUGUCUGCUUUGGGCUCUCUGGACUGGCUGCCUGAUGUGGUGCUGGUGGACUCGGUUCCUAUUAAAGUGGAGGCAGAUAUGAGUUCAGAAUGGAGCAUAACGGGUCAAGAGGUGACAUCUGGAGAGGUCUGUUCAGAGGGCAGGCAGCUUGUGGACAACAGAGGAAGAGGGGGAAUGGAGUCUGGACAGACAAAGUGUCCCACUGACACUCAAAACACAGAGCAAGGGACAACUGUAGGAUCAAGGUCCAAGUUGCCAGAUUUCAACGGACUGUCCACCCCAAACAGCUUUUCAUCCCCAAGGGUUACUCUCCAACAGGUUCCCCAAAGAGGGAAGCAAGCACCCUUUCCGAAUGUCAACAGAGGCUCCACUUCUUCAUCAAAAGGCGUAGAAAAGCAGCCGCAACAGCUGACGUCUCACUCCACCAAGAGGCAGCUC